GCGUCGUGCCGCUAAUUCGCGUAAAUCCGACAGGGGAGUCACUUUGUACCAUCGCCAGGGUAUCCGAGAAGGCAAGCCAAUUGAGGACAUACCUACGUGUAGAACAACCACUGUCAUACCUCUCUAGUUAGUAAAACCUAGGGACUAUCCCGUAGACAGGUACACCAAGGAACGAUGCUGUUAAGAAUGACACCUUUCUGCCUAGGAUUAAUUACAUAUAUUCUCUUGGCGUCAUCAACCCAGGCCGAAGAUGUAGUUGUUCCACAAACACCAGAUGAGGCCAGUGAAAGUGAGGGGAAAGACAAUGUAGACAAUGAUGGGUAUUUCGAGGAUGUGAGCAAAUCAGUAUAUGACACAAACAAUAAUGACGAUAAACGUCAAACAGUGGACAAACUAGGUUUUUCUGGAACUCUGGGAAAACGACGGUUUGACCCAAUCCUCUUUGGUGGCCGGUUAGGUAAGAGAGGCAUGGAUCGUCUAGGAUUUGCCGGAACUCUUGGAAAACGAGGAAUGGAUAAUUUUGGCUAUGCGGGACAACUUGGAAAGCGAGGAAUGGAUAAUUUAGGAUUUGCUGGACAGCUUGGAAAGCGAGGAAUGGAUAAUUUAGGAUUUGCUGGACAACUUGGAAAGCGACGAAUGGAUAAUUUAGGAUUUGCAGGACAACUUGGUAAGCGUGGAAUGGACAAUUUAGGAUUUGCAGGACAGCUUGGUAAGCGUGGAAUGGAUCAUUUGGGCUUUGCUGGAACUCUUGGUAAACGUGGAAUGGAUAGUCUUGGUUUCGCUGGAACACUUGGUAAACGAGGAAUGGACAAUUUGGGAUUCGCUGGACAGCUGGGUAAACGAGCCAUGGACAAGUUCGGAUUUGCAAGUCAGCUUGGGAAAAGAGCUAUGGACAAGUUCGGAUAUGCAAGUCAACUCGGUAAACGAGGUAUGGACAAUUUUGGAUUUGCCAGUCAGCUUGGCAAGAGGGCUAUGGACAAGUUUGGGUUUGCGAGUCAACUCGGGAAGCGGGCAAUGGACAGAAUGGGAUUCGCAGGUCAGUUAGGGAAAAAGGCCGUUGACAGGUUUGCCUUUGCAAGUCAGCUUGGCAAACGCGGAGUAGAUCAUUAUGGGUUCAUGGGACAGCUUGGCAAGAGAGGAAUGGACAGUUUCGGUUAUGCCGGACAACUUGGAAAGCGUCAAGUUGUUGACAGUCUUGGUUUUGCUGGGCAGCUUGGGAAAAGGGGCAUGGAUGGAUAUGGCUUUGCUGGAACCCUUGGAAAGAGGGGCGUUGAUUCCCUUGGAUUUGCCGGGCAGCUAGGAAAAAGGAGAAUGGAUUCCUAUGGUUUUAAUGCACAACUCGGGAAGAGGGACGGUUCUGAUGUUGACGCAAAGAGGGGAGUAGACCCUAUGGCAUUCCGUGGCAGUAUAGGAAAACGGCAAAUUGACUCACGUAUGUUCGGAGCACGACUGGGGAAGAGAAUGGAUAAGUCCUUUGCUGCCCAAAUAGCCAAGAGAUCGGCCGAGCAAGUAGACUCAGACAAUUUCUCGUCCCAAGACGCAUCCUAAUAACAUUCUUCCUGAAGUGGAAGAAAUGAAACUGCCGACACAACGUAAGUGUCCUACAGACACAAAUCCAACAUAACUCGACUUUGUCCAUUAACAAGGGAAGUGAUUUUCAUUGUUCUCUACCAUCAUACCAUUGGACGACCCCACAGUCUACUCCUGAUUUCAACCUAGUCGUAUACCGUAUUAACUUACGUUGAGUAAUUUUGUAUUUGUUGGGUGACCGUUGUGUUUUCAAGGUCGAUUUAUGACGUUGGCAUCCUUGACCAAUCUUUCGUCUUAAUUACAUGUUGAAGGAUGUUUCGAGGAAUAGCUAAAGUUGCUGACAUGACACUUUCGGUAAAUACAGCAAAUAAUCUCACUGAAAAUCAUUCUGUCAUUAUUUUUGCGUAAGAAAUUAUUUUAAUGUUGAAGACACAGAUAGGAAAUGGUCACAUGGUUCGUUUUCACGUACCAAGUAUGAUUUGUCAUUAUGUUUCUGUGUAAUUUUCAUUUAGACGUUCUUUUACAGAUUUAAACGAUUAUGUCUGACUACUUUUCUUCCUUAAAAUCCACAAAAAAAAAUCAUUUUCAUGUUAUGUUUUGUUCGUGACUUAACCGCUCCGGGUUUCAAUUCAGCGAAUGAUUGCAUUGUUUUUGGUUUGUCGCAUGCUUUUUUAAGAAGAUAUGAAAUAAUUUAAUUAUUGCCUUAGAAAUGUAUAUAAUAUGUAAAUACUGAUCUGAAUAAAGUAAUUUUGAAUAUAAUAUAUUAUCUACGACUUAAGAGUAACUUUCUCAAACAAAGUUUUUAGGUGAACAUUAUGACGUAACGAUUAAACCGAAAGCAUGCGCACAAAG